ACAACGCCAAGGGGCUGAGAGCCUUCUUUGAUGCCAUAUGCUACGGUCCCAAACACCUGAUGAUCUUCGGCGGUGUCUGUCCCUCUGUUACCUCCAUCAUCGCAGAGUCCUUGGAGGGCUGGAAUCUGGUGCAGCUGUCCUUUGCAGCUACAACCCCAGUUCUGGCAGACAAGAAAAAGUAUCCCAAUUUCUUCCGCACCGUCCCAUCAGACAACGCUGUGAACCCAGCAGUGGUGAAGUUCCUCAACUACUACAACUGGAGCCGUGUGGGGACCCUCACACAGGAUGUGCAGAGGUUCUCAGAGGUGAGGAACGAUCUAACUAAUGAGCUGGAGAAAGCAGACAUUCAGAUUGCAGACACAGAAAGCUUCUCCAACGACCCCUGUGUCAAUGUCAAGAAACUCAAGGACAACGAUGUGAGAAUCAUUAUUGGCCAGUUUGAUGAGAACCUGGCCUCCAAAGUCUUCUGCUGUGCAUAUAAUCUAAACAUGUUUGGCAGUAAAUACCAGUGGAUUAUUCCCGGCUGGUACCAGGGCAACUGGUGGGAGCAGGCCAACAGCACCAACUGCACCACCAAGAAACUGCUCACAGCAAUGGAGGGAUACAUCAGUGUGGACUUUGAGCCCCUCAGCGCUCGCCAGAUAAAGGGCAUCUCUGGCAGGACCCCUAAGGAGUACGAGCGGGAGUACAGCCGAGAGCUUCAGCAGAAAGGUGUGGAGGCCAGCAAGUUUCACGGCUUUGCCUACGAUGGUAUCUGGGUCAUUGCUAAAACAUUGACUCGAGUGAUGGAACUGCUCCGGGUAAAACAACGGCAGAACACCUACCACAACUUCACAGUGGAUGACCGUGAAGUGGGGAAAAUGGUACUGGACGUCAUGAACGAAACCAACUUCUUUGGUGUUACAGGCCAAGUUAUGUUUCGGAAUGGAGAGAGGAUGGGCACAAUAAAAUUCAACCAGUUUCAAGAGGGCCAGGAGGUAAAGGUGGGAGAGUACAACGCAAUUGCUGAUGUGCUGGACCUCAACAACAACUCCAUAAUGUUCCAAGGUGUGGAGCCUCCCAAAGAUCGUACAUUUGUGCGUCUGCAGCGGCGCCACAUCAACGUGCCCCUCUAUAGCAUCCUGUCCACCAUCACCAUAUUGGGCAUGCUCAUGGCAGGGGCCUUCCUGUUCUUCAACAUCAAGAACCGUAACCACAGACUAAUCAAGAUGUCCAGUCCCUACAUGAACAACCUGAUCAUACUUGGAGGCAUGCUGUCCUACGCUUCUAUCUUCCUGUUUGGCCUUGACGGAGGUUUUGUCUCUGACAAAGAGUUUGAGACCCUCUGCACUGUUCGGACAUGGAUCCUCAUCGUUGGAUACACGACAGCUUUCGGCGCCAUGUUUGCCAAAACCUGGAGGGUGCACGCCAUCUUCAAAAAUGUGAAGAUGAAGAAGAAGAUCAUAAAGGACCAGAAGCUGUUGAUCAUCGUUGGCGGGAUGCUGCUGAUCGACUUAUGCAUCCUCAUUUGCUGGCAGAUUGUGGACCCACUUAAGAGGACUGUGGAAGAGUACAGCUUGGAGGCGGACCCCCAAGGCCGAGACAUUGCCAUCCGUCCCUUCUUGGAGCACUGUGAGAACACCCACAUGACCAUUUGGCUGGGCAUCGUUUAUGCCUACAAGGGACUGCUAAUGUUGUUUGGCUGUUUCCUGGCAUGGGAGACCAGGAACGUGAGCAUCCCUGCCCUCAAUGACAGCAAAUACAUUGGGAUGAGUGUUUACAACGUGGGCAUCAUGUGCAUCAUCGGUGCUGCUGUGUCUUUUCUGACAAGAGACCAGCCUAAUGUCCAGUUCUGCAUCGUGGCACUGGUGAUCAUCUUUUGCAGCACCAUCACGCUCUGUCUGGUGUUCGUUCCCAAGUUUAUCACCAUGAGAACCAACCCAGAUGCAGCCACCCAGAACCGGAGGUUGAAGUUCACCCAGAACCAGAAGAAGGAGGACUCCAAGACCUCCACCUCAGUUACCAGUGUCAACCAGGCUAACACCUCCCGACUGGAUGGGCUUCAAACUGAUAACCACCGCCUCCGCAUGAGGAUAACAGAGCUGGAUAAGGAGCUUGAGGAGGUGACCAUGCAGCUGCAGGAUACCCCAGAGAAAACGCCCUACAUCAAACAGAACCAUUACCCGGAUGCCAACAACAUACUCAGCAUACGCAACUUCACAGACGGCAAAGACGGAGAGAAGUCGAUACUGAAGAAUCACCUGGAGCAGAAGCCUCAGGCGCAGUGGGGCUCCAUGGAUCCUUCCAGAAUAAACAGAGGUCCCCUGGAGGAUAUCAACUCGCCCGAACACAUACAACGUCGACUGUCCUUGCAGCUGCCCAUCCUGCACCAUGCCUACUUACCUUCCAUAGGAGGGGUUGAUGCCAGCUGCACCAGCCCUAAUGGCAGCCCUGGUUCCAGCCCACGGCACAGACACAUGCCCCCCUCCUACCGGGUAAUGGUCUCUGGCCUGUGAGCUUCAUUCACUCCCCCACCUGGCUCUUUGCAGAGGAGACAUAUAUGGUUAUUUUUUUCUACAACAAAUAGACUGAUAUCAUCAGCGUAUGUGCGUAUUUUGUCUUGGAACAAGGAGGACAGGGGGAGAAGAGAGGGAGGGGGGUCCAAGUUUCACUCUUUGUACCUCUUCACCCCGGCCUCUCUUGAGAACUGAAAUCCUCAGUCAGGAAGGGGUGGGAGGAGACAGAGUGGGCACUGGAUGACCCUUACAAACUCCCACAAUUCACAGCAAUGUCCCCUUGUUCAUCUGCUCCCCUUGCCUAGGCAUAUACACAUAUGCAUAGUCAGACAAACACACACAAAUACACACACAUGCACAGACACAUUGGCACCCCAAUAGCAGAACAGUGGUGGACCAGCCCUGACCUGACGUGUAGCCUUAUCUGCUUCAGAGGGGAUUGUCUGUUUCUGUUCCUUAUCUGUUGUAUGUAUGUGCUCGCAGCUACGUGUGAGCUUGCCAUCUAACUUGAGUAUUCCACUGCUUCUGUGACUGGAUACCGGUGUCGAGAUGCGGAAUUUACAAAACCCAACAAGGAAAUCAUCCAUUUUAUUCCCCAUCCCCUGCUCAUUCUUGUGGAGACAUGUAAAUAUCUUCAUUUCUAAUUUUGACGUACUGUAAGCUUUGUAUAUGCUGUGAAUGGACAUUAAAAGAGGUUCUAUGUGUAGAGCUUGUAACAGGCAGAUAAUCAGGACAUGGCACCCUACAAAGAAUUAGAAAUAUGAAAGAGAUCUGAAUUGAUUUGUGCAACUGAUGAUAAAUUAGCUUAUGGGCAGCAAAAUAGGAUACAUCAAAGCUUGUGAGUCACAGAACAUGAAAAGGCACCAGGGGGCCAGUUCCUGUAACUUGGAGUAACACAUGGCUCUUUUUUUUCCACUUUGCUAAAUUUGCACCACUGGUGUCAUCGGAGAUUUCACAUCAGACUUUGCAUAGGCUUUUCAUAUUUUACAACUUGCUUAAUAUGUCCUCAGAAAGCAUGUUCUACAGAAUAUCAAUGCUAUGCCUUUUAACAGGUCUCCAAGGCUGCAUAUGUUAGAAAAUAGAGCUAAAAGGCACCACAAGAGUGUUCCACAGUUGUUAUAUAUGUGUGUGUUAUAUGCCAAGAAAUGCACACAUUCAGAUGUACACUUCAAACGCAAGAGAGCACCUUAUGAAUUCAGGUGCUUUUUCAGACGAGGCAUUAGUGAUGGGCCUGGUCAUAUUGAUCCCCACAGAGUGGUCUACGUAGACUGUUAAGAUGUUCAUCUGACCGAGCCCUCACAGCUAACCAGCACAGACACGGGGCGAUGGGGUUCAUGUCAAUGGCAAAAGGACACAAUGACUUCUUUGGAAGAAAGAACACACAAGAAGUGAUGGUGGAAAGGAUGUAGGUCUACCAGUUCCACAACUAGUUUGGAUCAAAUGGUUGACCUGAAUUUCCAUGUGCGGUAGUAACAAGAACGAAGACAGGGGAGCCUUGCAUAAUAAAACCCCAACCGGCUGUAGCUUUCAGUUCCAAGACGAUGAUGACACCACUGCUGGUCACAGUGAAAGAGCAUAAAGCACAGACACAGGGCUUUCUGUCAUAUUGAGUGUCAAGAAAAAUCACUUCACACUUAGCAACAGUGAACAUACCUCAGUUGCUAUGGAAAUGUAAUUCAGUGCCGUUGAACUGGGGCCCAAGAAGGCUGCACAGCAAAAUGGUCAUCGACACAGUGUCGUCCUUUUUUUUUGUAAAAUUGUCCUCAUGCAGGAGAAAAGCAAACAGGGACUCCAAACAAAAGAGGACAUUUUCUGGAGUGUGAGAAAGUUUGUUAUUAGCAUAUGUUUCACCAUUGGUGUCUUGGUUUUUAGUUUUUAAGGCGUUUCUUGAACGCUGUGCCUGUUGUCUUAUAUUGUAGCCUGCAGGACCAACAGUACACAAAUAAGGUGAAAUUGGCGCUAAUCCAACAACAUUGGCCGCACAUCUGUAAAUGGUAUGUGUCAUAGAUUUAUUUCAAUUCAAUGCCUCAAUGCAUGGGACAGUGUGGGAGAAAUUGAUAAAAGCUCCACUUUGGCUGGAGCGAAUUCUCUGCAAGCUGAUGUCAGAUCAUAAACAAUGUCUUCAGUCGAAAGGCCAGUCCAAGAUACAGACUUGGAGUGGGAGAAAAGCUGGCAGAGAUCCACCUGCAAUCGGACAUAUCAGGGUGACUUCCCGUGAGAGCUCCUCCCCUUCCAGCCCCUGCUGAGCACAGGAGCAGGGAAACCCUGAGCACAGACCUCCAAGGAGUCACGGCUUCUCCCGCACCUUUGCCAACCAGAGAAUCACGGUCACUUGACAAGUGAGUGAGAGACAUUGUCAAAAGGUUGGUUCUUCCUUCAGGAGAAGUGAAACCAACUGCACAUUUUAUAUAUUACAUUAUAUGUGAUUGUGUACAAUUUGCUGAUACCCCAAUGAUGGUGUCCAUGUAUGGAAUAUUUGGUAUUUGGCUUUCUCAAGACGGCAUGAAAUGAAAUGUAUAAUUCACAGAGUUACCUCUGUUUUUGCAACUGUCGUGACAAAUCCACUCUUGUCGUUUCAUCCUCUCACCUACAAUUUGGUUGUAUGUUUCCUUACGAGACAUUCAGUUCUUUUAACCUGUUGAUCAGCUCACACAUGUCAAAUGCCAAGAUUCUCAGUGGACAAACUCAACAUCAUCAUAUCUACUAUGCUACUGGUUUAGCAGUUAUUCACUGAGGGCAAUAAAGUGAAAUUAGUAGCAAAUGAUCAAUCCUAAUAACCCACUCCUGGCAUUUUACCAAAAUUACAAACUGACUUUUUUUAAAUCCAUCUAAAAUGCCAAAUGCAGAUCAUCAGGUAUAGUUCUGUUUUUAUUAAUGUGCCCUAAAUUUUGUUUUUCUUUUAUCAAUUUUUUUUUUCGACAUGGAUGAAAAAUUGUUCAAAUGCAAUUGUGGUAGGUCAAGGGCUCAUAAUUUCCUGUAAUAAAUAACGUCAUGCCGAUGGUUUGUAUUUGCCACAGGUCUUUUUACCUUUUUAGUUUGCAGAUCGAAGUGACAUAUACGUAUAUAAUUAUAUCUUUGUAUGUGUCAUCAUCAGGGUUUCUGGAGAACACGAAACAUACAUGUCCAAAAAUAUAACAAUAUGACGUAUAUAUUUAGUGGAAAACACACAGGUCCAUUCUGUUACUGUUUUGUCAGUUUGAUAUGUGGUAUCACAUGGAGUUAAGUUCUAUUAAGAGUUUAAAAUGGAAAACAAAACCUAUGUUAAAUGCAACAUGUUCAAGAGGGGCAAUAACUUG